CGUCGCGGCGUGUGGACCGCAUCAUGACCGUACGGGCCGUAAGCGACGAUUGCAGGUGUAGCGCGUGGCCGCGGCGCCGUACCGCGCCGAUAGCAUGUGCUGGCCGGCGUUUGGGUGGCCGGCACCGCCGCCGCGGCCGUCGUCGGCGAAGGCGAUGGCCGGCGGCCUGAUGGCGGUGAUGGUGCUCUCGGCAAGCGCACUGUGUGUCGCGUGGGCCGAUUGCCCGGCGGCGUGCGAGUGUAAGUGGCGUAGCGGCAAGGAAUCGGCCAUCUGCGCGGGGGCCAACCUGACGGCGGUGCCACGGCACCUGGACUACGGCACGCAGCUGCUGGACCUGACGGGCAACCCGCUGUACCGGCUGGGCCGGGACGCGUUCGCGGACGCGGACCUGCUGAACCUGCAGAAGCUGUACCUGUCCCGUUGCCGGCUCAAGGCGCUGGACCGGUACGUGUUCCGCAAGCUCAACAACCUGGUCGAGCUGGACCUGAGCGAGAACAGCAUACCGGUGGUGCCGUCCGCGGUGCUGGAGUCGGUGCCCGAGCUCCGGGAGCUCCGGCUCAACGGCAAUCCGAUCAUGAAGGUGCCGAACGGCGCGUUCGCACACGUGCCCCGGCUGGUCCGGCUGGACGUGUCCGGGUGCCGGGUCGCGCUGCUCGAGUCCACCGCGUUCGCUGGCCUCGAGCGGUCGCUCGAGUGGCUGCGGCUGGACAACAAUCAGCUGCGCGAUGUGAAACCGUCCACGGUGGUCACGCUGACCCGGCUGCAGGGCGUGCAACUCAACGACAACCCGUGGAACUGCUCGUGCAAGCUUCGACCGCUCCGCGAGUGGAUGGUCCGGCGCAACGUGCCGUACGGCGCGCCGCCCGUGUGCAAGACGCCCGCGCGGCUGGCCCACAUCCCCUGGGACAAGCUCGAGCUGGACGACUUCGCGUGCGACCCGCAUCCCGUGCCCGUAGCCCGGGUGGUGGUGGUCACCGAGGGCGACAACGCGACCGUGUCGUGUCGCAUGUUCGGCGUGCCCGUGCCGUCGUCUCGGUGGACGCGCGACGACCGGCCGCUGGGCCCGGACGGCCGCAGCGUACCGGUUACCGAGGGCCGGUACACCAACCUGACCAUCGUGGCGGCCGCGGCGCAGGAUGGCGGCAGUUACGCAUGCGAGCUGGAGAACCGGUCGGGCAGCUCGAGGGCCAACGUCACCGUGGUCGUGAUCAAGCGGUCACCGCAGCUAGUGCUGUCCGCCGACCGGUACGCGCUGCCCGGGCUCAUCGUUGGUGUCAUACUGGUGCUGUCCUUCUGCCUGAUAUUCCUGUGCGCGUUGGCCAUCCGCACCAAGGGCAGCCCGGCCGGGUACGGGGUGGACCGCGUGGACCGGGGCACUGGCGCCGUCGACCCGUUCGACCGGUACGAGAAGAUCGAGAUGAAUCGCGACGACGACAAGGCAGCGGCGGUGGCGGUGGCCGCUGCUGCUGACACCGAGACGCCGUCAGCCGCUACGGUGUCCGCGACGACCGACCACGAGGACGACGGUCGGCACCAGCCGCAGCGCCAGGAUCAGCAGCCGCACCGCAACCGGCGGCUGCAGCCGUCAUUGCCCGUGUCCCGCGGCGACGGACGUCCCGGUUCCCCACCAACCAACAGUGAAGGGUCGGCCGUGGCCACCGCCGGCCAACAGCGGAUGAAUCGCGUGAUGCACGGGUACGACUAUGACGAGGACGGGUUGCCGCCGUUCGACCAACCGCAGUCGGUGAACGCACCGUCUGCCACAGACCGACCGACCGCUCGUCCCAGCCAUCCGACGACCACCGUCCCGCACAGACCACGUAUUUUGCCAGAUGACCCUAAAGAUGGCAAAACAAAAUCUUAUUUAGAAUGUAAUUUGGGUGAAGUAACGCUACAUCACCAUGUGCUUCAUAAAGAAUCACUUCCAGCUGGCCAUCUUUACACCACUGCGGCAGGCCGACAAGAAUUGUGCAAUACCAAAAACGUACCUGAUCUAUUGGAUACAUUAGUCCCAUCAAAGAGUCGUCGAAUCUCACAAACACUACCUAGAUCAACAUUUAGUUCAAACUAUAGAAGAAAUACCAUGUACGCACCAAGACCAUCAGAAAGUCAAUCGCCUUUAUUGUUAGGAAGUCGCAGCAGUGGUGGCAGCAACACCAGCCGGAGCCAAUUGUCUUUCGACUCAUCAAUAUCAUCGGAUCAUCCGAGACGACUGGCGGCCGGUCAGAAGUCGAACAGUUACCUGAACCUAUCGUCCGCGGGCGUCGACGGCGGCUGCGGUCGGCUGUCCCCGGGCGGAUACCAUCAGCACCAUCCGUCGUACUACUGGACGCCGCCGAGCCUGCCGUCCUCGCCGGCCCGCGAACGUCGGCUUCCGGCCACACCGGUGGGCCGUGGCGCCGCCGGACCGGUCGCGACAGCCGAGACGCCCAUACUGGACCCGCUGUCUUCGAGGCGGCGGACGUACGGCGGCGGCGGCGGCGGCGGCGGUCACCGCAACGGCCACAACAACAACCAGUUAACCGGUUCCAACCACUCGCUGCUGUCGUCGUCGGACGGCGCGUCCGUCACGUACGACUAUCACGCGGCGCAGCUGGACAUGUUCCUGGAGGAGUACAAGACGCUGCGCAAGGAGCUGACCAAGAUGCAGCGCACCUGCGACACGCUGCGGUUGUCCAACGCGUCGCUGGCCUCGUCGACGAUCGCGUUGGACGCGGUCGGACGUCCGGCCAAACCGGAACCGUCGGCCGCGGCCACCGCAGCCGCCACGUCGUCGGCGAACAGGACCACCGCGCCCAAGUCCAUACUGAAGAACAAGAACCAGGCCACGUACGUUUACCGGGCGGACGGCGACCGGCGCAACAGCUAUCACCUACUUGACCCCGCGCCCGACGACAUCUAUCUUAGCUGAGCCCGUCCGGCAAUAAUUUCUCCUUAUCGGUUCCCGUGUCCCCACGCCCUACGACAAGCCUGCUCGGUUACAUCUCACCGACCGGCUGACCGCGUUGUCGCGAUGUUGUAACCACGUUCACCAUCCCCGAAACUGAUCCCGUAAUCUUCUCCCCCGACGGGUUGUUCCGUGUUACAUAACCGUGCAGUUCACUCCUUUUUCCGUACCCUUUCUAACGGCUCCGAUCGCGGUCUGACCGCUAUUACGAACGCGGAACCGUUUUCUUCCACUUGUCAACUGUUCAUGUCAUCGUUACCCGGCAGAUCGCAUUAUAAUAGUAAUAAUGGUAAAACAAAUCCAACGAAUAAUAAAACCGUUUGGUGCUUAGAGAAAUAAUUUUUAACAAGUAUUUCAAAUGAUCUCCUUUUCGUAACGCAAGUUCAUUAGUCUUUGAGAUGCUGAACCGUGGCCGGUGUAUAACGAUUAUUUAUGUUUUUUUUUUCUCUAAACUAUAUCGUGCAUAUGACACAAAUUCUGGCAGUGGGUGCAGAUCACGAAAAAAAAAAAGUAAGCUUAACACAAAAAUGCCGUGAAUAAUUUGAUUUAUCGUCUGUCCCAAAAAAA